UGAUUAAUCAUUAAUUUUAAUGCAGUGGAAAGUUCAACAAGUUCAAAAAAAUGUAAGACAAAAAACUUUUAAUAGUAAUUUUAGAGUAACGGAAUAGAGCGCAUUAAAUUAAGAGGAAAAAAACUAAACAAUAGAUCAAUGAAAACGAGUUAAGUGCAAUAAUCGUUUGUAGGCCAUUCUUAAAUCAAAAAGUAAGACACAUUAUAUGAACCUGUAUUGUACACAGAAAAGGCAGCUAAAAAAAUCUUCGUAAACUGUAAAAAAACUGAGUUAGAACUUAUAAUUCUGGUAUAGAAUCCCUCUUACAUAUAAAACCACUUUACAAAGGUGUUAAGAAAAUGACAAUAUUCUGAAUGAGAUUUUUUUGUCACCAUCAAAAUCAUCGCAAUAAAUACCAAGAAAAACUAUUGAAACGUAACUUUGGAAAGCUUGAAGCUGGGUAAAUGUGGUCCAAAAACUAAAUAAUAAGCUCGUAGUAGAAACAGCUAAGAUGAAACCAGAUUUAGUUGUUUGUAUAAAUUCGUUGUUGUUUUUGUUGUCUACAACGUAUAGUAUGCUAAACAUAAAUUAAAACAAAAACACUAGAGUUUGUUUUUUGUUUACCGAAACCAAACGAGCCAGUCAGCGAAACAAACAGACAAAAAAACUAAAAGACAGCCAGCCAGUGAGGGAACGAGCGUGCGAGUGAGUAAGUGAGUUGGAGUCACAGCAACAAAAACCACAAUAAUAAUAUUAAUAACACAAGCAACAGCAACAGCAGUAAUAGUGGCAGCAGCAAACAUAAAGGUGAGGAGAGGAGACAAGUGAACGAAGUAGAAGUGACCUACAAAGACAGGUUUAUGAUUUUACUUCGCAUUUGCUAAAGCACAGUCAAAAGACAGCAAAGAACCACUUUGCUAGACCCAGUUGAGACAAACAACAAUAACUGGAAGAAACCGACAAUAACAACAGAAAACCAGUCAGCCCAGCUUGAAAAUAAGCAGCGUUAAGAGACGUCAGAGCUGGCAACAUAUUGUUGUAAACAAACCAGCAACGUAAAAUGGCAACCACAACAUUUACAACUAUGAUACCUACCCCUCAGCCGAAAAAACCGGGACCUCCCGUACCACCCAGACCACAACAAUCAAGUUUAUUAAAAACACAACAACGUGAUGUAUCAUCACAAUCAACAUCUUCAACAGCGGCAGCUACAACAGCAACAUCGCAACGUUUAAUGAGCAAAGUAGGUCUAGAACAACCACAGAUUCUUAAAAAACCCAUAAUAGCAAAUGCCAGCAACACCAACACGACAACAGCAACAGCCAAUUCUACUUCAGUUACAACAAGUGGCGGUCGCACGGUUAUCUACAAAUCACCAUCAUUGAAUUUGCAAAAACGCCAAGACGAACGUGAGAAACGUAAUGAAGCUAGCACUCAGACAGCAACAACUGCCAUUACCAGAACAACAUCGGCAGCGGCUGCAACAACAGCAGCAGCCAACAAAGCUAAAUUGGCAAAUGGCACGCAGGCACCUAAACCACCGUUAAAAUUAAGAAAAGCUCCCGAUGUACCAACAAAUUUCAAACCACGCAUAACAGCACCUCAACCGGAAGUUAAAGAAACUGAAACAAAAUCCAACAGUAACAAAAACACUAACACCAACAACAGCCAAGAUAACAAUAUAGUUAUUGUUCAGUCUGCUCAGGGUGUAGUUACUUUAAAUCGCCAUCACUCUAUGGGUGCUGCUUCACCUCAAAAUAAACCCUCUGCCUUGGCAAAAGAUACACGUCUCAGCUUGGGCAAGGCCGACUUUGAAAGAGUGGGAAAGAUACAAGUGCAACAAUUACAGCCCACUUCCCAACCUCUGCCAAAACCUCGUAAAAUUGUUAAAGUUCCCGUCGCUACUUUAGAUGUGGACGAUAACAGUUCCACCAACACAACCACAUCAUCUUCAACUUCUUCAAGCACUCUACACGUGAAUCUUUUUAAACGCUCUAAAACUUCUAUAGAAAAUUUUACCUCACGUUCGAAUAUUACCACAGUGAAUACCAAUACCACGAGCAGCUAUUUGACUGGUAAAACAGUGGAAAUCAAAAAUAAUCUUAAAAAUGCCGCCGAACGUUUGUUCUCGGAAAUAAUGGUGAAUCAGCAGAAACAAAAUGCUUUAGAAUCAAAUUUAGCCACCAAUACCAUUAUAACGAAACAUGAAAGAGCCAUACAGCAUCAGGCGGAGCCUAUGAAACUGAAUAAUGCAAAUAAUGUAACAGUGGUGACUACCUCCAAGGAUUAUGCGCUUAACAAUGACAAUAAUAAUUGUACGCGCAUAAAUAUAACGACCACUGCAGCAGCUGCGAAUAAUCAAAAUACUAACAAAUUGCCGGCAACCGGCAAUGUCAGACAAGUGGUAUCGGCUUUUAAUUCUCCAGAGAAAAAAUCGGCUGCAUUUCAUGAAAUGCUAAUUUCUGAACUGGCUGCCAUGCGCACUAGAUCAUGUUCUAUGGAAAAUUUGCAAACAACACAACAACAACAAUUGUUGCAACCACUGUCGCCUCUGUCGGUUAAAGAAUCCGCAACAAUUGACAAACAAUUUCAAAAUUACAAACAAUUUAAAACUCUGGAGAUUCAAGUCAACAACAAUAAGCAACAACAAGACCAACAGCUACAAAAAGAUCAACAACAACGUUCAACACCACAACAAAUACCCAAACAUCAUCAUCAUAAACUUCCCGCUAAUGAUGAUGACAUUGAUGCCGAUAAUAUCGAAGAUGCCGAUGGUGAUGUUGAAGAGGAACUUAAGAAAUCUUUAAAAGUUAUAACCGCCCAAAAUUCACCACGCAAACGUACACCUUCUGGCUGUUCUUCCGAUUCCUCGCCCUAUGGCACUGAACGUUCUGCACGCAUACGCACCUCCGAUUGGAUUGAGGUGGGCGAUAAUGGCAAGCAAGUAACGCUCACCAGUUGUCAUAUUAGUUUGGAGGAUUCCGGUUUAGAGGAUGAAGAACGUAUGGAUGAAAUGUCUUCGUCGGGUGUGGGUGAUUCGUGGGAUAGUGUUAAGGAAGCUGAACAGCAUCAGCAGCAACAACAGCAAAUUCAGUUGCAGCAACAGGCUAAGAGAAACCGUAAUGUUAAAAGAAUAAUGUCAAUUAAUGAUUUACCACCGUUACCAAAAAGUCUCAGCGGUAUAAAUAAAAUGUUGGCCUCAGAUUCGGGUCUGGUUAGUGAUGUUGAUACCGAAAUAAAAAAUACUAAAAAUAAUGAGUUGUUAAAACACUAUGAAAACCAAAAAGAAAAUAAUAAUAAUUUAAAUAUAAAUAAUAAUAAUAACAACAACAUUAAUAGUAAUAAUAAUAAUGCACUUAAAGAUGCAAGUGAUAAAUUUAACAAUGCGUCGUCUGCGACAACAACGACAACAGCAACAACAUCGACAACAACACCAUUAAAGGAAAUUAAUGGCAAUGAAACAAUAUCGGAAAUACCACCAGCGAUACCGGGUAGUAAAUUGGAUACACAAAUUGCAACAUUGCGUAAAGAAAUGUUUGGACUUCGCCAAUUAGAUCUCUCCCUAUUAUCCCAACUGUGGGCCCUUAAUGAUUCCAUCCAAGAAUUUCGCACCAUGAUACAAGAACAGGAACAAGACGACGAUGAGACCUAUUCAACACACUCUCGAUCACCCUCGCCCUAUGAUUCCGUAUCAUCGGAUGCUGAAGAUGAUAUUUUAACAUUGAAAAGUAAAAAUCGCAUGGAAUUACAAAAUGGCAAUGUUAUUACGACCCAACCGAAACUAACAGCUAAAUCGUAUGCCGCCGAUAGCGAAAUGACAAAUGAAACAACGACAACUUCCACAACAUCAUCAACAGCAACCUCAACGAUUUCGGCGUUAGCGGAUCAGCAAAAAUCACAAUUGUUGAAGCCACCAUUACCGAAACCGUUGGAUGUUAAGCCAGUGCCACGUAUGCGCAGUGCACCGCCACCACCACCGACUCAUCGUAAAAGUCAAACAGCACCGCCACGACCCACAUGAUGCUACCUCAGUGACUUCUUUGCCGAAGUCAAGAUGGUCAUGUGCAAAGUGAUUGUGGGCGAUGCUAAGAAGAUCGACGAAACGAAAAAGUUUAA